AUGCGCAGACGGCCCGUCGCUACCCCAAGGGUCCUGAAGAAUCUCACUCGGGUCCCAGAUCUUUUAAGUCUAUUCGAAGCGCUUCCUUACUGUGGCUACUCCUUCAAAAAUGGGCCCUGGAAACAUGCUCUUGUAGCAUUUGGAAUUGACCCAAGACUGGGACCUGAAUAUAGGAUGUAUCAAACUUAUGAAUUUCCGUGGAACUAUGACCCUAUAAUCGCGGAGCCUUCUGUUAUAUCACCCCUAACCGUCGAAAUAUCGUUCCCAAGAGUGGUUCGCACUAAGCACAGCGACAACUCUCACGUUUUUGACGGAAAUUUACUAUAUACAGAUGACAAUAUCUGGCAAUAUUGUGACAUUUCUGAUGAUCAACUUCAUCGAAUCUGGUCGACAACUACAAUUCGUCACUCUUUCUGUCCCCAGAAUGGAUUUUUCUAUAACGGCACGAAUGCAAAACUAUGGGAAAUCAUGUCUGACAAAGUUAUGACCAUACGAGAUGGAGAAGAGCCUGCAGUGGAUGAUUAUGAGUGUCUAUUGGACAUCCCGGACGACUACAAAGGUGGUUCCCGUAGUGGUGAUCGCAAGAGAUAUGGCCAAAGCUUCGGGCAGAACUACACUCGCAAGCAAGCCUUCAUGAGAUCUUUAAUCCUGAAAAAGGCACAAUCUCUAUAA